AGUAAAACCACAAUGCAAAAAAAGGGAAUGAAACAGAAAGGAAAGAGUAAAAAAGUAGAAGAGGCAGAACCUGAAGAAUCUGUGGUGGAAAAAGUACUGGACAGACCUGUAAUGAAUGAGAAGGCGGGGCAUUUCCUGCAGUGGAAGGGAUUUACAGAUACUGACAAUACUUGGGAACCUGAAGAAAAUUUAGAUUGUCCAGAGUUACUUGAAGCAUUUCUUUUUUCAUUUCUUAAUUCCCGAAAAGCUGGUAAAGAAAAAGAUGGCACAAAAAGAAAAUCUUUAUCUGACAGUGAAUCUGAUGAUAGCAAAUCAAAGAAGAAAAGAGAUGGUGCUGAGAAACCCAGAGCCUUUACCAGAGGUCUUGAUCCUGAACGAAUAAUUGGUGCCACAGACAGCAGUGCAGAAUUAAUGUUCCUCAUGAAACGGAAAGAUUUAGAUGACGUCCACUCGGUGCUGGCAAAAGAGGCAAAUAUGAAGUGUCCUCAAAUUGUAAUUGCUUUUUAUGAAGAGAAACUAACUUGGCAUUCUUAUCCAGAAGAUGAAGCUCGGUAA